AUGAACUUUCCGUUGUACACAAAAACCUAUUCUGUUUCUGGAAGAAAUUAUCGAAGAAACCCGUAUAAUGGAAAAAGCAAUGAAUUAGUGUUUAAUGGUGGCGACACAGCGGAUUUAUACGCAGAUGACUAUGAAGAUGAAGCUCUCGAUUGUAUUCCUGACUUUCAAAGGCACGAUUCUGAAGAAUCUGAACCCGAGGGGCAGUCAGAACAAGAAUCAGCCGUUCCCAAACCGGUCACCACUGCUAAAACGAUGGCGCCACCGCCCGGUCUACCUGUCCUGGCCAAUAUUGCACCACCACCUGGCUUUGAAAAGAAAAAAGAUGUUUCAAUUGUACAAAAGAAGGAGGUGAUAACGGUGCAGAAGCAGGAGGUCGUUGAAAAGAAAGAAGUUGUGGCCGUUUUGGCAUGGGCAAAAUGUGUGGAAGAUGAACGAGUUGAGCACAAUGGGCAAAAAUGGAGGGCCAACAUAGAGGUAUCAGCAUCUUUCUACGGACGUUUAAUUGGGUUUCGAGGGGUGUACCAAAAAGAAAUGGAGAAGAGCACUCAAUGUCGUCUGAAAAUUCCUGGCAAAAAUGACAAAAAUGAGAUCAUUGAGAUCUCAUCGACGGUUUCUCACGAAAAUGUGAUUCGCUGUCUUGAUAGAAUUGAAAUGACUGUAAUCAAAGCUCGUAAAGAGGCAAGACCGACUCAUUUUGCCUGUUUCCCAGUUGCCGAACACCAGAACAUUGUUGAAUCAUUUCAGCGAUUCAAAGAACUUGUUAAAGCUUCAUCUACGAUUUCGGAUUCGUGUAAAGAUGAGCUUGUAUAUAUGCUACCUCGGAAGUUGCAUUUCACACUCGCGGUGAUGAAGCUUUUCACGAAAGAAGAGAAAUCGAAGGCCUCGGCCGUUCUGAAAAUGGCACAAGAAAAGAUCAAUGCAAUAACUGGCGGGAAACCGAUUUCCGUUCAAGUGGUUGGCUUGGAGAUUAUGAACGACGACCCAGCGAAUGUUAAUGUACUUUACGGGACAGUUAAAGGCGAUUUUGUUCAAAAGGUGGCAAACGUAGUGCGCGAUCUUUUUGCUGAAAACGAUUUGUGUGAAAACGAUAAACUAGAUGUGAAGCUCCACAUGACUUUGAUGAAUAGCCGAUAUAUUGCAGAGGAAAACCACAAGAAGCGACCAACAUUUGACGCGAAAGAACUGCUAAAAGAAAUGGGCGACUUCAAUUUUGGAGAAAUGACGAUAAACAAGGUUCUAAUUUCAUCGAUGACUACUGAGGGUCCAAAUGGUUUUUACGAAUCGUUGGCAAGUUUAAAUUUG